AAAUCGAAUAAAUAUAUCAAAAACAACAAUCAAAUUUAAAUCGAACAACAUGUGCCGAUUCAUCGCUAUCGUAAUUGCAGCCGUUCUCACCUCAUACAGCACCUUCGCUGCAUUCUUCGGAAUCUUUAGUACUGAGUGGUGGACAGGUACCGUCAACGUAGGUAUCGCCACCGCGUGCAACUCUACAGCAAAUCUAGACGGUCAGUCUUAUUGUAAUGACUUUUCUCUCGAUACGCUGAGCAACAGUACAGAACAAGCCAUGUUUGGUCUACUGGUGGCAUCGAUCAUUGUAGGAUUGCUCGCACUCAUUGUGAUGGUGUUCAACAUCAUAUUCGCGUGCUGCUGCAUAAAUCUUGCGGGGCCCUUUACCGGACUUUUGAUGUUUCUUCAGGGCGCCUGCAUACUUGCUACAAUUUUAACCAUGGGCUUCUAUUAUUCCUGGUCUUAUCCAGUCGGUACAUCAUCUAUUGGAUCGGCAUAUAUCGUGAACAUCGUAGCUGUACCCCUAUCGGGGGUGGCAACAGCACUGACUGGCGUGCAUCAUUACAGCCGAAACGAACGCGAUGCCGAUCUGAAGGCAUAAGAUAUAUUUUAAAACUAUAAGAUCGAAUGUAGUUAAAUUUCUACUGUUUAAGAUUGAUACUGUUUUUCAUGUUAGUGUUCUGAAUAACCUGAUAUGAUGCACUUUGAAGGUCCGGAGGCAGCCAUUUGCAUAGUGCUGGGAAUGAUCCCAUAUCGAAUACUACAAUCGUAAGUGCUCAUCUAGAGUAGUAUAUACACAUGUUUGUGAUGGCGUGUGUCAUCUCCGACAACUUCAUAGCGAUAAAGGUGUCGAAGGAAAUGAACAAUGUGAAUAUAAGUAUUAGCAUUUUUAACUACAAUUUCACAUUUCCAAAAAUAAAUUACAUUCUGAAUA